CAAGUUUUCAUUGUUGUUUUUGCGUUCUUCUGAUCGUUCUGGGUAUUUACCCUCCUGUCCUCGGCUUGCAGAGGAGUUCAGGCUCUCACCUGAACUUUCACCGCCUGGUAUAUGCUCUUGGGAUAUCCGUAAGAGAUCGCUCAGGAAUGGUGGAUCACUUGCUGCCUACUGAUGAAUCCUUUUCAUCUACAAGAUCUUCUCUUGGAUACUUUGGGGACAUGACGGCAGGGGUGAGGUCCUACCAAAUGCUGCCCUCCCCGCUGUCAGAAGAUGACAGCGACUCCUCCAGCUUUUGUUCUUGUUCUAGCCCUGACUCCCAGAUUCUCAGCUCCAGCUAUGGAAGCACGUCUAGUGCAGAAAGCCAGGACAGUAUCUUAGACUACUUACUGUCCUAGGCUUCUUUGGGGAGCACCACUGCAUCAUGGUGGGACAAAAGGAGACUCCAGCCAGUAGUGAAAGAGGAGUACUUUAGGUUGCCUGAGUUUGCUGUGGAUAUGGAAGACUCAGGACCAUUUCAGCCCACGCUUGAGGAAAUUGAGGAAUUUCUGGAGGAGAACAUGGAGCUGGAGCUCAAAGACAGACCUAAAAGUGAGACCAAGGACUUGAGAGCUUGCAGCCAAAUUUCUGUUGCUUCGCUACAGCAAAAAGACCAUAUGUUACCCAGCACUAGUUUAAAAGAGAGUAAAAAUGAACAGCUGAGCAGCUCAACGGAAGGUGGCCAAGCUUCAAAUGGAGGAAUGACCCUGGAGAAUGGGAUACCAGUUAUGCUUCAUAUUCAACUCUUUGUGUUUUGUGUUGAACUCCAGGAGAGCAGUGGGUCUGGGAGAACAGAUUACAGAGCCAUUCAGCUAGCCAAGAAAAGGAAACAAAAAGGGAAUGGGAGCAGCACAGGGGCAUCUGGCUCUGGUCAGAGAAAAAGCAAGGGUGGUAAAGUAAGCCCUACCACCUUUUCAUCAUCUGCUCCUGGCAGUCGACUUGGUGGCAACGUAGUUGUGCCAAAUGGAGGGCUGACAAUAAGGGACCCUGCCACUGGAGCCCAGUAUGUGCAAAUUCAGCUUCUUCAGGAUGAUUCCCCAGGAGAGGGAGAUUUGCCUUUCCAGCUGAGCUCUCGGUCCUCCUCAUCACACUCUCAGCUUCCAGUGGAUUUACCUGUUCACAUACUUCAGGUAUGGCAUGGCACAGAUGUUGGCUUUUACUGCUUUGGAAAUGAAGACUUUACUGAAGCACACAAUUCCACUGAGGAUGAUGCAGGCUCUGAUAACUCUCAAUUCACUGGAAGCACAAUAAACUUGCAGGAUCUGGAGUGA